CUGGAACAAGUGUUUUCAUUUCCCCAUACAGGAUUAAACAAGUUUAUCUCCUCUAAUGAUCCAGCUCGUUCUUUUAGUCUGUGGUCAUGAUUUUGAAAACAAACAAAAAAAAAGGCGCAGCUCCUCAUGUUCUGUGAACAUUAUGUGCUCACGGAUAUAGAAAAAGAAAAAAACAUGUUCAUGUGAGAAAUGAAAAACGAUGAGAUGGAAAAAACAACAGUCGUACCACUUUGUGUGGACAGAGUCAUGUGACUCCUCACACGUGAGGGCGUGACUCUUCGGCAGUAGUACAUGAGCAUGUGAGUGAUUUAUUGUGAGCCUGUAAGAGGACCUCGACUCUAGGAGACCUCAGGUGAGCCCGUUGCCUUCAAAACCGUUUGAUUGACAGGGAGACUGAUUAAACCCCGCCCCUCUCGCGCGCCGGAUGGUUGUGCAUCCCGGAGCGGAUCACGUGCUCCUCUUACUGUUUUGUCUGCAUUGUUUGCGGAUUGCUUUCUGCACACCUGAAUAUCACAAACUUUUUUUUUAAAGAAGGAAUCUCAAUUCCUCCAUCACGCGCUGCAUUUAUACACAUAAUUAUAUAUCAUCUUAUUUAUUAUUAUUAUUUAUCUCCCCAUGACACACACUCGUCAUAAACUCCCCCUCAGGGACGUGUGGAAGGUGUAUGUCGCUCAAUAAAUGUCUGAUAAUAUAUAUAUAUAAUAUAUCUAUCUGCAGCGCUGUUUGUUUUAAAUCGGUGAUGCAAGCAGCGUGCAACAUAUCCAUCCCCAUGCUCUCCGGCGAGCGCGCGCGCUCCAGAUCCAGUCCGGCUUUUGCUUUCACCGUGUCUCUCUCAGAGCGCUCGCGCGCAGAGCAGGACACAGAUCUGCAGACGCGACGUGUUCACGAGCCUCAUUCUGCAGCGCGUGAAGUGUGAUAUAUUUAUCCUUUUCUUCCUUUUUUUUCUUUCUUUUUUUUUGGGACACGUGUUUAAUGAGAGUGCAAAUAACAUUGAGGACGCGGCGGUUGAACCCAAAAGCGCGCGCGCGCUCGAGUGAGUGAGUGAGCGAGCGUCGCGGAGGAGGGAGAGAGACGCGCGCGCACGCACGCACACGCACGCACAAUAGGCAGCAGCACUCAAUUGACCGGGACGCGCACACAGUCCGAGGUGAUUAUUUUCUCCCAAGAUGGACAGCAUGGCUGUGGGACACGUAACCGGAGCGUUCACCAGAGCGAGCGCGUUCUCUUAGACCCGGGACAGUCCUGUGAUCCGAUGGAGUUUAGGACGUUAUUCUUUUUGUAAAGCUGUUACUGUAAAGUGACCGUCACUCCAGAGAGUUUCAACAUCCCGGCCUCCUACUGGAAUCCUACUGUUUAUUAUUAUUAUUAUUAUUAUUAUUAUUAGUGGUGCUCUGUAUUAUUGACCUGGUUUCAGAAUGUUCCUCCGUCUUCAUUGAACCCUGUUUACGUUGGCGUAUAAAAUACAUUUUUUUCCUAUGACUGUUGUGUCUGAAGAAUGUACCUGCUUGAUGGAAAUUGCGUGGAGAGGAUGGAUCGGGGCACGCCGCAAAGGAAAACCGUGUACAGGAUCUCUCUCACCUUGGUGAAAAGGGAGAGCUUGCAAGAAGGUGGCGGUGCGGCUCCGAUGCACCGACGGCUGGAGAACCCCAAGGUGGGUGCGUAUCGGAGGGAAGGCUCCGUAGAGAUCCAGCGCAGUUGUCUCCUGGAACAGGUCAAAGAAGUGGAGGACGAAAACGACGAGCUGUCCUCGCAGGCCUACCGGAACUUCCGAACAUUUAGCACCGGGCAGCUGGAACUCGGCAGGUCGAAAAUCACCCGGAAGGUGCUUAAUUUGCGAAGAGAUAACGCGAUGGAGUCGAGCGAGAUGCGCACCAGGACGUCGCCAGAGGAUGCUCGAAGAUCGGACCGGGUGGAAAAUGGUGCUCAUCUGCACGAAAGUAAUGUGCUAGGAAAAGCUGGGGAUGAGAGUAAUGGAAUUAAAGAUGUUGAGACUGAGGUAAGCUGCAGAGGAGCUGCUGGCAACGGGGAAAAUGUGGGUGUUAAAAUGAACAGAAUCCUCCAGACUUCCAGGAGUGCUGAAGAGCAGGUCAGCAGAUGUGCUGCUGAGGAUCAGGCAUCUGGAGAAGGUGGCAGUCUUCCCAAGGACAACAGCCUUGCUUCUUUGCUCGCCAAAGAGGACGGAAGUCCUGCGAAGCAGGCGCCCCAGACCCCGCCGGUUAAGAGGCACCCGAGCUUGCUGCGUCGGAGUUUCAGCUUUCGCCACUGGGCAGGAGGGGAGCUGCUGCGGCUCCGAGCCCUCUCCAAAGAGAAGCAUCACAGCAGCUCAGGCUGCAUUGGGCGUGAUGAGACCCAGACUCGGUCCUCCGUGGUCCUGCAGAAACCAGCCGUCGAGGAGUCUGACAAGGACGGCGCUCUAGACGUGGACGAGGUCUUUGUUCAGGUGGACUCCUCGAAAGAUCCCAGCCGCAGGGACCGUGCCAAGGGCAAAAACCGCACGCUGGACAACAGCGAUCUCCUCAGGCUCUCUGAGAAACCCCUGGUAGAGAAAGAGAGCUUUCUCCGAACAGCCGGCCUUCGCGCCAGCGGCCAGGAGCGCAGGCUUCUUCGCUUCUUCAGCGGGAUCUUCAUAAAGAAGGACAGUACCUCCACGCCCGUGAGCAGCCCCAGCAAUCGUUCCCUUUUCAAGAAUGGCCUGAUGAGCUCCCAGAGGAGGGCCGUCAAGGGAUCCUCACAGUCCAGCACUGAGAGUGUGAACGGCUUCCUGCGGGACGAUGCCUUUGUGAACAGCCAGGAAUGGACCCUAAGUCGCUCAGUACCAGACCUCAAAGUGGGUAUUGUGGGGAACUUGGCCAGUGGGAAGUCUGCUCUGGUGCACAGGUAUCUGACGGGGACGUACGUUCAGGAAGAGAGCCCAGAAGGCGGACGCUUCAAGAAGGAGAUCGUCGUUGACGGACAGAGCUAUCUCCUCCUUAUCAGGGAUGAAGGGGGCCCUCCGGAGGCUCAGUUUGCGUUGUGGGUGGACGCAGUGAUAUUUGUCUUUAGUCUAGAGGAUGAGAUCAGCUUUCAGACCGUGUAUCACUACUACAGCCGCUUGGCAAACUACCGCAACACUGCUGACGUGCCCCUGGUGCUAGUGGGAACUCAGGAUGCUAUAAGUGCAGCUAACCCUCGUGUCAUCGAUGACGCUCGGGCGCGCAAGCUCUCCAACGACCUGAAGAGAUGCACAUACUAUGAAACGUGCGCCACCUACGGCCUUAACGUGGAGCGCGUCUUUCAGGACGUGGCUCAGAAGAUUGUUGCAAACCGGAAGAAGCAGCAACUAUCGAUCGGGCCUUGCAAGUCUCUCCCCAAUUCUCCCAGCCACUCCUCGGUGUGCGCAGCACCCGUCGCUGCAGUACACAUAGCUCAGACCAGUAACGGAGGAGGCAGUCUGAGCGAUUACUCCUCCUCCGUACCCUCGACUCCCAGCACGAGCCAGAAGGAGCUACGCAUCGACGUGCCUCAGACGGCCAACACCCCGACACCAGUGCGCAAGCAGUCCAAACGUCGCUCCAACCUGUUCACGUCUCGCAAGGCAAGCGAACCAGACAAGGAGAAGAAAGGAUUCGAGGGCCGAGCGGACAGUAUCGGAAGCGGCCGCGCAAUCCCAAUUAAGCAGGGAAUGCUCAUGAAGAGGAGUGGCAAGUCGCUAAACAAAGAGUGGAAGAAGAAGUACGUCACCCUUUGCGACAACGGAGUUCUGACCUACCACCCCAGCCUGCAUGACUACAUGCAGAAUGUACACGGGAAAGAGAUCGACCUGCUGCGCACUACAGUCAAGGUGCCAGGGAAAAGACCCCCGAGGGCCAUCUCUACCUGCGCCGCGUCCGGCCCCAAAACUAACGGCCUUGCCAAGGACAUGAGCAACUUACAGCUAGCACAGGCUCCAGGCUCUGUGAGCAGCAGCUCUUCCGCAUCUCAGAUGGCGAGCGGGAUCAGUCUGGUGUCCUUUAACAGCCGGCCGGACGGCAUGCAUCAGCGCUCAUACUCGGUGUCCAGCGCCGACCAGUGGAGCGACGCCACCGUCAUCGCCAACUCGGGGGUCAGCACAGAUACUGGUCUGGGAGACUCGGUUUGCUCCAGUCCCAGUAUAUCCAGCACUACCAGUCCUAAGAUGGACCCUCCUCCAUCGCCACACGCCAACCGCAAGAAACACCGCCGGAAGAAGAGCACCAGCAAUUUCAAAGCUGAUGUCUUCUCCGGUACAGCGGAAGAGCAAGAAGAGAAUUUUGAGUUCAUCAUUGUGUCACUGACGGGUCAGACGUGGCAUUUUGAAGCAACUUCAUAUGAGGAGCGUGACGCCUGGGUGCAGGCCAUCGAGAGCCAGAUCCUGGCCAGCCUGCAGUCCUGUGAGAGCAGCAAGCAGAAGUCACGUCUGACCAGCCAGUCUGAAGCAAUUGCACUGCAGUCGGUCAGGAAUAUGAGAGGAAACUCUCGCUGCGUGGACUGCGAGGCCCAAAACCCUGACUGGGCCAGCCUGAACCUCGGAGCUCUCAUCUGUAUUGAGUGUUCAGGUAUCCACCGGAACCUCGGCACUCACCUGUCCCGUGUGCGCUCUCUCGACCUGGACGAGUGGCCUCUCGAGCUCAUCAAGGUCAUGUCUGCCAUCGGCAAUGACCUGGCCAAUACUGUGUGGGAGGCCAACGCACAGGGGCGACUAAAGCUUGCACCUGACGCCAGCAGGGAGGAGCGUGAACGCUGGAUCCGGGCUAAGUACGAGCAGAAGAUGUUUGUGGCGUCUCUGCCGUGUGUGGAGCUGACGCUCGGGCAACAGCUGCUGCGUGCUACCGCCGAAGAGGACCUGCGCUUAGUGGUGCUGCUGCUUGCACACGGCUCGCGAGAUGAGGUGAACGAGACGUGCGGCGAGGGAGAUGGCCGCACCGCGCUACAUCUGGCCUGCCGUAAGGGCAGUGUGGUGAUCACGCAGCUCCUCAUCUGGUAUGGAGUAGACAUCAUGGCGCGUGACGCCCACGGCAACACGGCGCUGGCGUACGCACGCCAAGCCAACAGUCAGGAGUGUGUGGACGUGUUACUGCAGUACGGCUGCCCGGACGAGCGCUACCCGCUCAUGGCCACGCCCAACCUUUCACGCAGAAACAACAACCGCAACAACAGCUGCAGCAGCACAGGAAGCACCGCCCUUAUCUGACACACACACACACCCUACAUACUCAGAAAUAAACAGCCAUUUGCAUACACACACACACACACACCCACACACCCUCACACUAGCACAAAGACACACAGCUCAUCCUCCUCUUUACUAGACACAGGGAACGACUGACCAUGAUGAUGAAGAUGGAACACUAACAGAACCACUGAGUUUGCACUCGCACUGCCACUAGCUUGUCUUGAGGGUGUUGGUCCUUCCUAGCCAAUCACACAGUCACUCUUACAUCAGGUGACCUGUGUUGGGAGAAUGCCCCGUCCCAGGUCUUCUGGCUGCAUAGCAGCAACGCGCUAGCCGAUUAAACUGUCUGAACCUGCUGCUGCCUCCGUCCACAAAUGCUGCGAGAUGCAUGAUGGGAGAUGAAGAAGGCGAGGUUAAACCAGGAGCUCGAUGAAUGGCAGGAGACACGUCCGUUUAGACUGCUUAAAGCGACUGGGUCCUCGUGUCCUCUUCCUGCGCGGCUUCUUGCGAGACUGAAAUGGACAGGAAGUGACGCCGGAUCAGUCCCAGAGAUCCUAGAGAACUUCAGCAGUGCUUUCCUGCUUGGUGCUUUUGAAUGCACAUGCUCCGUGUCCUUACCUACUUUUGGCCUCCGCUUCCCCUUUCGGACAAGAGUUUAGUAAAACUGUGUGAAUAUCUGCCCUUUGUACAAUUUCUUUCCUUCUUUUGGUUGAAGUAAUGUGAAAAGACAAUGUCUCAAAGACCUUUUGGAAAACAUCCGAAUAUCACAAGGGUGAUAACAUGAAGAGGCUUUUUUUAUUAUUAUUAUUAUUAUUUUUUGAUUGUGAGCGAGUUGGGCAUUUGUGGACCAUGUGAAAAUUGAAAUCUAAUCUGCGUGAAUGGAUGGCACUAGCGUUGUGCUGAAAACUUUUAUUAUUCCGUCGUCUGUUUCGCAGAACUGAAAGGAAUUUCCUACCUGAUUAAUGUCGUCGUCGUUUUUUUCCUCCCCUCGGCUGCUAACCAACUGCAUGCUUCUUUUUCCGCUGCAAACGAUCAGGUCUUAUUUAGCUGACGAGUCGCGUGAUGACUGACGCUAAAGUGACGAGCUUCUGACUCGUCUCAACUGACCGUGUGUGUGUGUGUGUGUGCGCGCGUGCAUGAGGGCGAGAGAUUGCAACGAGUCUUUCUUAUUCACGUUAGCCAUAUUGAUAAUAUUGAUCAAUACAGACUCGUUUCCAAAUGAGACGACUGGAGCAGGAUCUGACCUCGCAGGCUCGUCGAUAUCAAACGCGCAGUGUCUGCAGUUCCCUCCGUGCUUGAUGACGGAAACAUUAGCCAGGGGGAGAGCCUGCAGCCUCAUUUACCUGUUCUUGCUCAAUAUUAGGUACUCAGGAGAAGCAGGAGAACUCUCCUCUCGAUAUGCUACAUACUUAUUAAUGCCAGAGACUCUUGCGCACGUGUGUGUGAGAACGUGAGCGAGGUCGUUUAUCAGCAUUGCUCGAGAUGUCCAUACAUUACCCACUCAUUGCUGAGGCCUUGGAGUGCGGGGCCCUGUUCGGCUCAGUGGAGAGACGGCGCGUCUUUUCCUGUCGAUUUGUCUUUUAUAGAAACUCUUUGGUGGACAGCUUGGUGAAAAUGAAGGGAAUAGGGUUUUCUUUCCCCCGAAAAAGGCCUUUUAAUGUUCUAGCCUGACUUCCUUGGGCUUGAUGGCAGGCUAUGUCAAUUGAUCAUGCGUGCGUGUGUGUGUGUGUGUGUGUGAGAGAGAGAACUAGCCCUCUCUAGUCUUUGUCUCUUUCCCCGAGUGCCGUUCUUGACGUCUUUAACGUCCCGUCUCGAGUCGUGUGUUUGUGCUGUACAGGCUCGAGCCCUGACUGACCUGUAUUUAAGCAAUACAAAGCCAGACGAAAGCCAGGCGACUAUCUGAAGUAAUAAUUUUCCCACACCAGUAUUGGCUGCUGUGUGGCUCUGAGAAAUGCAAGACUCUGUUUCAGGUCAUAUGUCAUUACGGACGUCGCGUUUAGAAACGCGACGCCACUAGCUUUAGGGUUCGUCAUUCAGCAGGUAACACAAGUCUUUCAGUCCGCAACGCUAAACAAGUAGGAAGAUGUCCGACCUGCCAGGGUUGCUUCAUGGGUUGUAGGGUCGUGUAAGGACGAGGCCUCGUCUCAACAACCCCUGCGUGUCUUCUAAAGGGCACUACGGAGUGAGACGCGGGUUAAAGAGAGUGUACAGAGUUUAUUGAUAGAGCUAAGAUGUAAAGUGUUUGUAUAUAAUGUAGCAGAUCUGUAGAAGUCUCAGCACCGUACACAGUUAUUUAUGACACAGUGCUUUAAAGCACACACACACACACAUUCUAAUUCUAAUAACCACCCCACACUUAUCACACCCACUUCAUGUCCUUUCUGUGAAAGCCUGACUUUUUGUUUUUUGGACCCUUUUUUUUUUUUUUUUUUUUUCUUUCCGCAUGCAUGAAUGUAAAUUUCCUCAUAAAUGACUGACGGGUGAUCAUUUAACCGGAUACCUUUUCUGACGUCACCUGAUUGACCUUUUUGUUCAUCUUUGGGAAGGUAACAUUUCAAACAGUGGUCAGUUUCACUCGUCGUACGACCGUAUGAUCUAGAACUGGGACAGAAUGAAGGAGUCGCACAGCCGCCUACUCAACCAAUAGCGUAAGAGCAACCAAAGCAGUCUCGGAUCUGAGCAAUCGCGGGUUUCUAAGUCCUGUUUUCAGCUGCUUACAUGCAUCCAUGAUUUUAGAUCAGUAUCUGCUUGCCAUGUAGCUGUCACUUUCUGUACAUAGCUGUAAAAAAAAAAAUAAAAUAAUAAUAAUAAAGAAAAAAAAAGGGCGAAACAUCAUGUUUUUGCUUUGUUGUUGUUGUUGUUUUUCUUUUAAUUGUUUUUAUUACCUCAUUUUGUCGACAGUAUCCUUGAUGCGUCCAAACCCGAGAGACCUGAUUAUUUAUGAGCGAAUAUGCUAAUCUAAAAGGGGAGGGGCUCUCACACUACUUUUCUUUUUUGUAUUGGCAUCACAAUUACGUCAUUUAUGAUUCCGAUUGUCCUUGUUGUAUAUCUAAUUAUUAUUAUUAUUAUUAUUAUUAUUAUUAUUGUUGAGUUUGUGUCAGCUGUACAGUUCUGUGUUGAAAAAUUAUACCUGAUGCAGAGUCUUAUACUGUAAUGUGUCUCCUUUCAAUAAAGAAAAUUACUUCGUAAUAUAACGCUGGUCAGUUCACUUUAAUCUGAAAUGUUAUUAAAAAGGAUUAUUUAUUGUUUUUUUUUUUGUUUUUUAAAGAAACAGAAGAUCCUGGUGCUUUUAAGUGGUACGAAGAUGGCGUGUUAGUUACACGGUGAAUAUCCAGCGAUCAGUGAAACCAGAUUAUAUACCAGGAAAUCAUAUAGCAGGUUGGUUUGUUUGUUUUUCCCAAAAAGUGUUGUGGAUCAUUUUCAAGUGAGACGUCGCUACAUGUUAACACGUCUAACACAGCUUCCCGACCACCUGGCUUUCGUCUCUGGGCCGUUAAAACAUGUUGGCGUCUUUUCAGACGCGCUUAUCCAGAGCCAUUUACAUUUAUCUCGUCAUAUCCAACGAACUUACUCCAAAUAUGAUAUUAUUCGAACCGAUCUGAACGAUCCGCUCUUCUUUGUUCAUUUACCUUCGUUCGGUCUAUAGUAGUUCGGUCCAUUGUAGACACUUUAGGAUUUCACAGCGAUGUUCUCAUGAUCCCGACGAACGUCCUUGAACUGCUUCGUGCCUCGUGUUUUCUUCCUAAACCUGCCGAAACCUGGCGAAACCCUUGCUAGCUAAAGUGUGCAGUUAGUGAUCAGUUCCCAGCUGACAAAUUGUAUUGCUGCUGUGCCAUUACAUCACAAAACUCUCCGAGUGAGUGAGUCAGUACGUUUCCAUGGACGAUAAUAAUCCGAUAUUAACCUGAUUAAGACGAUACUCUGAUUAAGAAACUACCAUGAAUCAAUGACUACGUUUACAUGGACAGCAGUAAUGUAAUUAUUGAGCUUACUCUGAAUAAGAUAAUAAUGUGAUUAAGGUGUGUACAUGAGUCGCUUUUAGAAUACUCCUGUCAUGUUCCCGUUUUACACGUUCUAGAACAUAAUUAGAUUUACAGCCCGCGUCAUUACGUCGCCGUCUG